GCAGCAUAGAUGCUGGUGAGGGGAGAGAGAGAGAGAGAGAGAGAGAGAGAGAGAGAGAGGAGAGAGAGAGAGAGAGAGAGAGAGAGAGAGAGAGAGAGAGAGAGAGAGAGAGAGCGAGAGAGAGAGAGAGGAGAGAGAGAGAGAGAGAGAGAGAGAGAGAGAGAGAGAGAGAGAGAGAGAGAGGAGAGAGAGAGAGAGAGAGAGAGAGAGAGAGAAGAGAGAGAGAGAGAGAGAGAGAGAGAGAUAGAGAGAGAAAGAGACAGAGAGAGAGAGAGAGAGAGAGAAAGAAAAGGAGGGAACCGAGGGAGGGAAGGAAGGCAAGGAGGGGGAAAAGGAGGAAAUCGAGGGAGAAAAGGAGGAAACAGAGGGAGAAAAGGAGGGCAAGGAGGGAGAAAAGUAGGAAACAGAGGGAGAGGAGGAAACAGAGGGAGAAAAGGAGGUCAAGGAGGGAGAAAAGGAGGAAAUGGAGGGAGGGAAGGAGGGCAAGGAGGUAGAAAAGGAGGAAUCAGAGGGAGGGAAGGAGGGAAAGGAGGGAGAGAAGGAGGAAACGGAGGGAGAAAAGGAGGUCAAGGAGGGAGAAAGGGAGGAAAUGGAGGGAGGGAAGGAGGGCAAGGAGGUAGAAAAGGAGGAAUCAGAGGGAGGGAAGGAGGGCAAGGAGGGAGAGAAGGAGGAAACAGAGAGAGGGAAAGAAGGCAAGGAAGGAGAAAAGGAGGAAACAGUAGGGAAGAUGGGAGCCAGCACGCAAAGCACCAGCGCGCUAGGCGCCCGAGCGCUAGGCGCAAGCGCGCUAGGAGCCAGCGCCCUAGGCGUCAGCGCCCUAGGCGCCAGCGCACUAGGCUCCAACGCGCCUAGCAGCCAGCACGUUAGGCGUC